AUGAUAACUCCUACUUCCAAAGCUCACCAUCACGAUAAAUACUUACUUGCCGGUCCAUUACGCGGAAAAAAGCCGAGUGAGGUAUCAUUUUCUAUCACCGAACCAAGAGACAUAGUUAAUGAGUUGUCGGAUUCGUCAGAAUCAGACUCUCCUGUUAUUUCCGCUAACAGUAGUGGUGAAGAAGAUGAGAUACAAGAAGAUCCUCCUGAAGAGGAUGAAGGGGAUGAUGCUGGUGAUAAGGAUGAUGAAAAGGAUGAAGGUAAUGAUGCUGGUGAUAAGGAGGAUGAAGAGGAUGAAGGUAAAAAAGAUGUAGAAGCUGAGGAAGAGAAUGCAAAGCCGAAGCCGGAUCAUAAGAAUGUCGCACGUCUUUUCAGGCACCAAUCUUCUUUUAAGAAAAUGGAGUUGUGGCCGCUAGCAGGUGAAUGUGCAAGAGUUAGAGACUAUGUUGAAAACUCCGGUUUGUACAAUGCUGUUGUCAACUCUGUGAUUGCGUAUGACAAGGUCGCAGUAUCUAGUUUAUGUGAAAGGUAUUACGCUGAAGUCGACACAUUCCAACUUCCUUUUGGCGAGAUGGCAUUGACUCCUGAUGAUGCAGAACAAAUAUUAGGGUUGCAGGUGGAAGGAACUAAGUACGCGAAGAAAAAGUUCAAACUUGUAGAGAUUAGGAAUAUGUUUUCUAGGACAGAAAAGAAGGAAAAAGAUAAAGGUCUCUCUGAUAUGGAAUGUCGUUAUGCGGCGGCUGCGUAUUUGUUGUACGUCCUUGCGUCGGUUGUAUCUCCCGACAACAAAGGUAACAGGGUCAGCGCCAACCUUCUUCAGCUUUUGGAUCCCUUGGAAGAUGUGAAAAAGUACUCUUGGGGGACUCCCAUAGUUGCACAUUUGAAUGGUCAGCUUUCCCAGGCAUCUCGCGAACGAACUUCUCAAAUUAAUGGGAAUUUGGCGCUAAUCCAGGUUUGGAUUUAUGAUCAUUUCCCGUCACUGUUCAAAGAUAAUGAAGACGUGGAAUUAAACCCAGAUUGGAUCAAAGGUAGUCCAACAGGAACCCGUUGGUUGUUCACCGGUUCUCAGGAUAAGGAACAAACUGAUGCGUUGAUAGAAAUGCGUCAAAAACUUGACAACAUCACGGCGAAAAAGGUAAUCUUUACUUCGUACAAGGAUGAUAGAGUUGGCGCAAUGGAAGAUGUCAUGUAUUACUAUGGCCCUUUGUUUCACCUUAACGGUUUUUCAAUGUACAAUCCGAUGAGAAUCAUGCGUCAACUUGGGUUUAUUCAAGAUUCACCCAAUGACGACUAUGUACCUUCGUUCAAGCACAAGUUAGACAAAUGUCAGGCUGGCAAGUCAGACGUCGUCGGUUGA